AUGCAGGAACACCCACUCCAUCAUAUUCCCACUGCAGACUCCUCUCCACCUGCCCCUCAGGGCCAGACGUUGCCCUCAAGCCGCGUGCAGACGCCAAGAGCGGCCCACGUGGAGGCACCAAGAGCCGCGCCCAAGCAGGAGCUCAGAAACGCCCCCCGCAACCACCGUUUCCCCCCCGCUGUGCUGGCGCCUAGUGAUGACGUCACUAGGACCGAUCGCCUCCCCCAAUGGCCGGGCCCGGCGCUCGCGUGCCUCCAGAGCCGUCCCAAGAUGGCCGCUCUCUCUGGCGGCCUGAGGCCGAGGCUGCGGCGUCUAAAGGGGCUGCUGGAGCCAGGGAGGCCCCCAUGGGGCCUUAGUGCCUCAAGAAGCGCUUCUAAGGAGCUUGCUGUCCUCUCCAGCCCUUCCUGGGGCUGCCCGGAUCAGGCCUUCUCCUGUUGGGUGCCCACGGCCUUGGGGCUGUGGUUUCUCUUCGCUUUGCCCACUGCCUGCAGGCCCUUUCUGGCCUGGGGAUCACAGUCCUCGCCUGAGCACCGCCUCCCUCCCACCCCGGUACGCGCAGAGGACGGGGACUCAGCCGCCGGCCGCCCCAUCACUACGACCCUUUGCUUCCGCAGAGCAGCAGCCGGCCCUGCCCGGAGCCGGACUUCCUCGGGGGCCAGGGCUGCGCUCGCCCCUGGCCCGUCCUCGCCGGGGUUUCCAAGGAGACGUGGGCCGCCGUCUGCGCCGCGGGGCCGCCCGAGCACGGCCAGGGCCGGCGGGAGGAGCGGCCGCCGGGUAAGUGCGCGCUGGCGGGGGGCGAGUGGUCCAGCCCCGGCCGGCCGGAGCGGACUAACCCCGCUCUGCUGUCGCCCAGGCCGGCUCUUCGCCCCCCAGCUCGUUGGCCAGGAGGAGGCGUGGCGGGGAGACCAGCUGUCCUCCCAGCUCUACAGGAACAAGCAGCUUCAAGAUACUUUGCUUCAGAAGGAAGAGGAACUUGCUAGGUUACAUGAAGAAAAUAAUAACCUCCGACAAUACCUGAAUUCUGCCCUGGUUAAGUGUUUAGAAGAAAAAGCUAAGAAAGUGCUAUCCUGCCACAGCCAAAAAACCUCUGCUAUUCUCAAAAACACCAAAAGGAGAUUAAAAGAGGACUACUGCUUUGCUCUUCAAGAAACUCCUCAUGCUUCUAAAGCUAGAAGGAACCUCUUUGAUGAAUUCACUGCCUGUGAAGAGCAAGCCAGCCAUGCUGUGGACAGCUGGGUCUUGGAGACUUUAGGAUUAAAAGAUGUCAACACCAUUGAUGAAUCUUCAGCUAACUACAGUGCCUUGACUUCAGACCUUGGAAGAGACACAUACUGCCUUGGCCCUGGUGAAGGCAUCAACUAUGACCACAGUGAAGCAGUGGCAGCAGCAUACAGCUGCAGCCACAUGCCUCCAGCUAACAGUAAUCAUCCGUGCAGUGAGGACCCUUCCUUCCUUUCUCAGUUUCCUUCAGCACCACACACCUCCUCACCAGAGCCAAGCAUUUCCUCCCUUCCAGCCUAUUUGACUAACAGUUUGUCACCUAACAAAACAGAAGUGGCCUUCACAACAUUUCUAAGUCCUCACUGCAAUGUGAGAACACACACCUUCCAACAAGGACAAGCUUUUGUGCGCAGAGAAGAUGAUGGAGGAUGGAGAUUCACCUGGGUGCCCAAACAGGCUGAAUAAGGCACCUGUGUCAAGGGUCAGCCACAAGGGAUGUAGGAAACAGACACUUCAUCUUGUGCUCGAGACAAGUUCAGCCAGCAGAAAGAAGUCCUUCUGGGUUCUGUUAAAUGCUGCUUUUAUACACAUGCUCAUUAUUCCCUCCCAGAUCUUCACAGGUGUAGCUCCAGAUCACAGUGGGACACGCAUCUGCCCCACAUAUGUACAGGACAUACUUCUCUUGUGUCUGUGUUGAGAAGCAUGCUUUUUUCUUGCAUUGUGUUUUUUCUAUCAUCAGCUAUUCCUUGUUAACUGAUGAUUAUCAGCGCUGACUACUUUUAGCACUGAUGAUUGCUCCCACAUUCAUCAAAGUGGAAGGGAUUGGAGAAUACACUUUGAAACAGCAUCUCUCUGACAUUCACAGAUGACAAAAAUGACAUAAAUCUCUGGCUGAAGAUCAGCAGUGUCUGAGUGAUAUGGGUCUCUCUUAGCUACGUAAAUUGCCUUGGAUUAAGGCAACCUGUGCAUUUUUGUUUGUAUGUUACAUUAGAUUGACCUACUCACAGUCACAUGGUGCUGUCAUUUUUUGAGGGCACUUCAGAAAAAGAUUAAGACUUGCUUCUAUUGCCUGGAGGCUACAUAAUUGCAAGUGAUUCAUCAAAUUUAGAUUUCCCUUUGCUGUGAUUAAAAGUGUUUAUUAUGUUUUAAAGGUCUUUUAUCUGCCAGAUAAAAGGAGUUUAAGAAGUUAGAGCCCCAUUUCUCACUAGCUUAAGCUACUGAACAAGAACUAGAUUUGGAGAUGCAGUUGGAAUAGUGACAUCACCACCACCAGCCAAGUCCCUAGCCCAUUAUAUUUGUGACAGACAUUUUCUCAUCUAUCCUUAAUGCACACACAGAGCACUUUUGCAAAGGAUGCAUUCCCCUCAGCUGCACCAUCCCACUAGUCUUUUCACCAAUUUUCUUCCCCAUUCACCAGCUUAAUACUGGAUGCUUUCAUAGAAAGAAGCCACUCCUGGCUUCAAAAGUGCUUUGUACAGCUUCAUUUGAUCUAUUUUGCACUUUUGAAACCAGAGGUUUUGUUUCUAGGGAACAACUUGUUUACUUUUUUGUCCUGAUUUAUGAGAUCAUACAGAGAUUUACCUGAAGUCAACCUCAGCCCAGAGUUAGGACUGUUUCCUCUUUCCACUGUAUCUUUCAUGCUUCCUGUGGGAAAUGUUUACAUUUCUCCUAGCUUGGGGAGGCAGUAUCACGUAGUGGUUAGUGUUUGGAAACUACAAGCUUCAGCACCAUUUCUUACCUCUCUCUCUCUUACUGUCAGGUAGUAGUGACAGGCAGGCAUAGCUAAGAUUAUGGCUGCCUUAAUGAUUCUUUAAAACCUCUGGCAAGAAGGUGCUCCAGCAGUGUGCAGGACUUUUUUUAUUUUUCUAAGUACUACUAAUUAUAUGAAGUCAACUGACAUGAAGUAAGUUCACUGGUAAUGUUUCAUAUUACCUUUGUUUUCUGCUAUAUAGUAUUUUGAUAUUUAAGUAUUGGAAAUGAAGGGAGCAGUUUGAUUAUUCUGGCCUUCAGAACAGCCCCAGUAAGGAAGAACUUACAUAAGUUAAAAAUAACCACAUGUGGACAUUUCCUUCCA